CGAAGACUUGCAGGGAAUGUGUGGCAAUGAAGAACCCCAAGUUAGGAGUGAGGCACAGGAGCAGUGCCCACCAGAAAUGCUCCAGGUCCAGCACAUCAUGGGCUCUGAACCUGCUGCUGCAGCAGCAUCACCUGGAGGAAGCCCUUCUGUGAAACCUGGGAACUCAGGCUGGGGCACAUCCCGGGAACAGGAGAUUGAGGAGGAGUACCUGGAGCUGCUGGGGAGAAUGGUGAACACCACUGAAAAUCCCCUGAUGAAAUACACGCAUCUGAAAUAUAUUGGCAGCGGGACUUUUGGACAUGUUUACAGAGCACUCGACAGUGCCACAGGAGGAGAGCUACCUUCUGGGCGAGGAACUCUUGCUGGUUAUAGAGUACAUGGAUGGAGGUGUCCUGAGCGACAUCGUCAGCCAGACCUGCCUGUCUGAAGAUGAGAUGGCAGCCAUCAGUCGGGAGUGCCUGCAAGGACUGGAUUUUCUUCAUGCAAACGAUGUGAUCCAUCGAGACGUGAAGAGUGACAACAUCCUUCUCAGAACGGACGGUUCUGUCAAACUGGCUGAUUUUGGCCUCGCUACUCAGCUCAGCCCUGAGCAGAGCAGACGGUGCUCGGUAACCGGGACUCCUUGGUGGAUGGCGCCUGAAGUGGUGACAGGUCAACCAUAUGGCCCCAAAGUGGACAUAUGGUCUUUUGGAAUUGUGGGAAUUGAAAUGAUAGAACAAGAACCUCCUUACUUGGGCGAAAGUUCUGGCACGGCUACAUACCUGAUAGCCACAGUAGGGACUCCACAGCUGCGGCAGCCCAAGCUCCUCUCGGCUUUGCUGCGUGACUUCCUGAGCUGCUGCCUGCAGACAGACGAGGAGCAGCGCUGGUCUGCCAAGGAGCUCCUGCAGCAUCCAUUUGUAACUUCAGCCAAGCCACCAUUCAUCCUGGCACAAGUCAUCAACUCAGUGAAGAAGACGAAUAACCCUAACCCUAAACUCUAAACCUAAAACCUAACCCUAACCUUAAAUGCUAACCCAAAGCCUAACCCUAUCCCUAUCUCUAUCCCUUACCCUUUCCCUUACCCUUUCCCUAACCCCAACCCUAAGCCUAAG